UGUUGGAAUCUGUGAUGAAAAGGAUGCAGGCAGUGUAUAUUAUGGCAACUGCUAUUCAAAAGAAUGGCAUGAAACCUUUAACGAAUAAGAUAAAUCAUGUAGAAGGUGUAAAUAACUUAGAUAAUACAGGUAUAUGUAAAGAAGAGAAAGAUGAAAGGUUGUUUGAUGGACAAAUCCAACCUUACGUCGAUCCUCCUGAACAAGAACCCCGUGAACUGGAUAUUGUUAUUAAUAAUGUAGUCUGCAGCUUCAGUGUCAGGUGUCAUUUAAAUUUACGAGAAAUUGCACUUAAUGGUUCCAAUGUGGAGUACAGAAGAGAGAAUGGGAUGAUAACAAUGAAAUUAAGGAGACCUUACACUACUGCUUCUAUAUGGUCUUCUGGUAAAGUAACGUGUACUGGUGCAACAAGCGAAGUUCAAGCAAAGAUAGCAGCAAGACGAUUUGCUCGUUCACUUCAGAAGCUUGGAUUCAAAGUGCGAUUUAAUAAUUAUAGGGUGGUCAAUGUGUUAGGUACAUGUUGUAUGCCAUUUGCAAUCAAGAUAACAUCAUUCUCUUUAUAUCACAAGGAAAAUGCAGAUUAUGAACCAGAAUUGCAUCCUGGUGUUACAUAUAAGUUAAAAGAACCAAAAGCCACUUUGAAGAUAUUUUCUACGGGCAGUGUUACUGUGACUGCUCCUAAUGUUGCUGCUGUUCAAGCAGCAAUUGAAUACAUUUAUCCACUAGUCUAUGAGUUCCGUAAAGAAAGAACUCCAGAAGAUGAACUUGCCUUGACAACAAAGAAGCGUAGAACGGGACUAAGUAAAAGAAAUCACAAUGAGUUCCUACAUGAUUCAGAUUAUGUAUAUGAAACCAUGUUUUCGGAUGAGGAGGAGGCUGAAGAGGCUGAGAGUGAUGCCAGCUGGGACUGAUCUGUUUCUUUUGCUGCUCUUCUGUUAAUUGUGGAACUGUUAUAUCUUGUUCUUUGAAAAAUAGAUACGCACUUCUCCGUGUACAAAAGUGUUAUCGUAAAGAGUGAAGUGAAGCAUUCAUUUUCUCUUAGU